CAUCCGCAAUACAGAGUGACCUGAUCACAACAUCCCUCAUCUUCGUCUUCCUGUCUCUCUAAUUUUUGACUCAUCAAACCAUCGCCCCAAAUUCAAUGGACCAACUACCAAAAUGCAAAGCAAAUUAUGUGCCACUUACUCCCUUGACUUUCCUCAAAAGGGCUAGCUCUGCUUAUGCUAGUCGUACUUCCCUCAUCUACGAGACCACUCGUUUCACCUGGCGUCAAACAUACGAACGUUGCUGUCGCCUCGCUUCCUCCCUCCUCUCUCUUAACAUCCUCAAAAACGAUGUUGUAAGUGAAAUCCUCGUAUAUACUUAUUUAUUUCAUCCAUGUAUACUAGUAUCUCUUUUCUUAAUAUUAAUUAGAAACCUCCAUUUGCAGGUAUCCGUUCUGGCUCCUAAUGUUCCAGCCAUGUACGAGAUGCAUUUUGCUGUUCCCAUGGCUGGAGCCGUGCUCAACACCAUUAACACUAGGCUUGAUGCUAAGAACGUCGCCACCAUUCUUCGCCACUCCGAGGCCAAGGCGUUCUUCGUGGACUAUCAGUAUGUGCCACUGGCACGCGAGGCUCUCCGGAUUUUGAUGGGCAGCUCACAGGAACAUCACUCCUCGUCUGCAGCAGCCGAGUCCUCAAUUCCACUGGUGAUUGUCAUAGAUGACAUAGACUCGCCCACAGGUGUCCGACUAGGCGAGUUGGAGUAUGAGCAGUUAGUCCACAUGGGUAAUCCAGGAUUCGUCCCCACUGAAAUCCAAGAUGAGUGGGAUCCUAUUUCGCUCAACUACACAUCCGGAACCACAUCAGAACCCAAAGGAGUUGUUUACAGCCACAGAGGCGCAUAUCUCAGUAGUUUAAGCUUGAUAUUGUGCUGGGAAAUGAGGAAUGAACCAGUCUUUCUGUGGUCCCUCCCAAUGUUCCACUGCAACGGGUGGACCUUCACCUGGGGAAGCGCAGCACGUGGUGGCACUAACAUCUGUCUACGCAACACCACUGCGUACGACAUGUACCGAAACAUAGCCUCUCACAAAGUGACGCACAUGUGCUGCGCACCCAUCGUUUUCAACAUCAUUCUCGACGCCAAACCACAUGAGCGCUGCAAGAUCGCCUCUCCCGUCCAAAUACUCACCGGCGGUGCACCCCCUCCGCCCUCACUGCUCGAGAAAAUGGAGCACCUCGGAUUCCAAGUAACACACGCCUAUGGUCUGACGGAGGCCACUGGCCCAGCCCUGGUAUGCGAAUGGCAAGCCGAGUGGAACAAUCUUCCGCAGGAUCAUCAGGCAAGACUCAAGGCACGGCAAGGGGUCGGCAUAUUGACACUGGCAGACGUAGAUGUGAAGAAUAUGGAAACCAUGACAAGUGUUCCACAUGAUGGAAAGACAAUGGGGGAGAUUGUGUUGCGCGGAAGUAGCAUCAUGAAAGGUUAUUUAAAGGAACAAGAGGCUACAUCCAAGGCCUUCAAGAACGGGUGGUUCAUCACCGGAGAUGUGGGUGUGAUUCAUCCAGAUGGGUACCUGGAAAUCAAGGACAGAUCAAAGGAUGUUAUCAUAUCUGGGGGUGAGAACAUCAGCAGUGUUGAGUUGGAGUCCGUUCUUUACAGGCAUCCAAGAGUUCUUGAGGCAGCAGUGGUAGCAAUGCCGCACCCACGCUGGGGGGAGAGCCCAUGUGCUUUUAUCGCGGUUAGAGAGAACGCAGGUGGACAAACAGAUGAUGUGAAGGAAGCUGAUAUCAUUUCUUACUGCCGUAAAAGUCUUCCUCAUUUCAUGGUUCCAAAGAAGGUGGAAUUUCUACCUCAGCUGCCCAAAACUUCAACGGGGAAAAUGCAGAAGUUCCAACUAAGAGCAUUGGCCAAAACUUUCCAGGUUACCGAGCGGAAUUCUACCCAAGUCAACAAGGAAGAUCCUCCAAUCCAUUCUCAGUCUCAUCUUCAGAUUCUUGCUUUCUCCCGCCUUUGAAUGUACUAAUUAUUUAUUAAAUUACUCCUAAUAGACUACGCUUGUACAUGUGUUGAUUUUUGUUUUCCAACUGCAGGCUGUUGCCUAUUGGUCAAU